GAUGCGGUGCGCGGAGCUCUGCAGAAGCCUCGACCUAUAUCCACUCGGGCUGAUCACGGGCCGCACGCCCCUUUUUCUUGCAGGAUUGUUACACUCGGGCGAGCUUCCCCUGCCGACUUUCAGGGGGGCGCUCGAGGCUGCAGCCACGCGGCAGGCGUCAGCUGCGGGGCCCUGGGUGCACAGCAACUUCCACGCGGAGGCAGUUGUCCUCACCCUGGGCAGAAUCGGCAGGUACUUCAGGUCCGAGCGGUGCCUCGUCACGGACGUCGGGGACGUGCUGGACUCGACGCAGCUGGGGCUGCGUGAGCUCGGCCUGGAGGCCAGCUUUGAUGCGAGGCGCGCCUCGUAUUGGCAUAAGAUGCGUAAGCCGGCCAGUGCCUCUUCUUCGUCUGGCUCUUUCGUUUGGGACGCCUUCAAGGAGGUCAUCGGGCCAGGUAGCAAGCUCAGCGAGCGCGAGAGGAACAUAAUGGCCUCCCACCUCACGUACGCACACUGGCACAGGAGAUUCGAGCUCCCCAUGCUUGCGGCCCAGCGGAGGGGCUCGGCCUCGCCAGCGCUGUUGUGGAGCGCCGUGCGGGUUCGCGCCCUCGGAGAGGCAGCAGGGGAGGACGUUGCUCGGAGCUGGUUGUCAGCGCCGCCGCCUCCUCAAGGGCCUCGCACGGACGCCAUGAGUUUCUGGUGGACAUGCAGGCCGCCCGACGUUACGCCCAAUGGCAAGUUGUACGAGGACGGCUCAUCGGUCGACCUGCAGUUCUGCGCCUUGGGACACGCAAGCUGGGCGAUUGCUCAAGGCGCCGAUGGCGGCAGCCUCAUCGCGGGCGUCCACGGGACCGUCAGGAGGGCCCUCCUUCCACAGCAGGCGGCGCGCGGCGGUGAGGACUCGGCGGCCUGGAAGAGGGUGCACUACGCGGGCCUUGCGGUCGAGGAGGCCCGCAUCGACUGCCACGGCACGGCCGAGGGCCCGCGCAGGGAGCUGGCCUAUGCGGCGUGCCCGACCGUGGCCAGCGCCCACCUCUGGAGCAGGAGCCACGCCGCCCCCGAGCCUGGCGGAUCCAGGGUGAACAAGGUUGCCGCCCACGGCAGCAGGCAGGCGGAGCUCGACGGGCGACUCACGGAGGAGCAGAGGCGAAGCACCCUGCACGCUUGCCGCUCCGCCAAGCUGGGAGCACGGCUGCACGCCGAGAACGCCCAGACCGUGGGCGAACACUGCGCCUUGGCGGGCUUCGCCCAGGAGCAGGCCCGCAGGGUGGGCCAGGCGGCAGUCUGCGGACAGCACCUCGCGGAGAAGGACAGUUGCAGCGUCCUCGAGUCCGACGAGAGGCCGACAGCGCGGCAGCCGCGGGUGGAGUGCGUCCGCUCGGUGGCCUGCGCGGGCGGCCUCUCCAUCACCGCGGCUGGCAUCCGCCGCCGCUGCCACUCCCUGGCACACGCGCGCUUCGGCGCAGGCGGGGAGUCCCAGGAGCUGGAG